AUGGAACAGAUGCUCGAGGCUUUCACAGCAUUAAUGAUGCAACAACAAAGACAACAACCUCUGCCUCCUUCGCCCCUUCCGAUCCAAGUUGAAUUGGAAAACAACAACAUUGUUAAUUUGACUCAGAAAUUCACAAAGAUGAAGUUGGCAACCUUUCUAGGUGGUAUUGAACCACUGAAAGCCGAGGCAUGGAUGCUAAAAAUGGAGAAACUAUUUGAAGUAUUUCCAGAUCGCAAGGUUUUUAAAUUUGAACAAUUGAAGCAAGGCAACAUGUUUGUAGCCGAGUAUGAGGCUAAAUUCACUGAGUUAGCCCGAUUUGCUCCUUAUAUGGUAGAUUCAGACUACAAAAACGCUCAAAAAUUUGAAGAAGGCUUGACUUUGGAAGUGUUUGCUAGGGUUAGUGUAUUAAAAUUGCUUAAAUAUGUGGAUGUGCUUGAUAGAGCCUUAAUGGCUGAGGCCAACUUAAUUGCAUUGAAACAGACUAAAGCUCCAACAACUGAAUGGAGAGGUAAAAGAUCUGGAUUCAGUUUCAAAAAGGGCCGUUCUUUUGCUACAAAUAAGAAGCAAAAUACGAGAUCAACUAGCAGUUCAAGUCAAAGUAGUGGAUCUGCACCUAUUUGUGCUGAAUGUAAAAGAAGACGUAGAGGGGUUUGCCAUCGUGUAUUUGGUGCUUGUUUUCGUUGUGGAAAGACAUGUUACAUGAUAAGAGAUUGUCCAAUUAGGUUUGAGAAUGUCAAUUGCCCCGCAGCAAGUUCAGCCGGAUCUGCUUCUGUAACGAGGUGA